AGUAGUCCUUGGAAGUCAAAAAGUUUCACCUACCAAAACAGAAGAAAAAAAGAACAUGGAGAUUGAUCUCUCAAGAGUCACUCUCCGGCCGUUUGAUCUUAUGGACGCUCACGAUUUCUUGAGAUGGGCCGGCGAUGAUCGAGUGACCGGAAAUCUCCGUUGGCCGGAUUUUACAACAGAAGAGCAAGCUUUGGCCUUUAUCCGAGACGUAUGUUUGCCACAUCCUUGGCGGCGUUCCAUCUGCAUCGAUGACCGUUCGAUCGGAUUCAUCUCAAUCUUCCCUGAGACCGGCCUUGAUAGAUUCAAAGCGCAUAUUGGGUAUGGAUUAUCUCAUGAGUAUUGGGGAAAGGGAAUAGCAACAAGAGCAGUGUCAAUCGCAGUAUCGCAAGUGUUCAGUGACUUGCCUCACCUUUUGAGGCUUCAAGCCUUUGUUCAAACUCAAAACAAAGCAUCCCAAAGAGUUCUCGACAAGGUUGGAUUUCAAAGGGAGGGUCUGCUCAGGAAGUACACUUAUCUCAAAGGUAAAAUUUAUGAUGUGUUUGUUUUUAGCCUCUUGUCCUCUGAUCAUCUCCUUAUUCCUCUUCCACAAUCCAAAUUGUCUAGUAGUAAUAUGGGUUGAGAUUCUAUGUGGCCAUUAUAAUAAUUAAUGUCUUCGAACUUGAAAACUAAAUUUGAUUGAGCAAU